AUGACGGAUGGCAGUUACUUUCAGCCCGCGAAACGCGGGGAACUCCACGAGCUGAAGGAGGAGCUCCACUCUUCCAACAAGGAGAAAAAGAAGGAAGCGGUCAAGAAGGUGAUUGCUGCCAUGACCGUCGGCAAAGACGUCUCUUCUCUGUUUCCAGAUGUGGUCAACUGCAUGCAAACCACAAACAUGGAGCUGAAGAAGCUCGUCUACCUGUAUGUGAUCAACUACGCCAAGGCCCAGCCGGAGUUGGCCAUCCUCGCGAUCAACACUUUCCGCAAGGAUUCCUUGGACCCCAAUCCGUUGAUCAGAGCACUGGCCGUGAGGACCAUGGGCUGCAUUCGUCUCGAAGAAAUCACGGAGUACCUGGUGGAGCCUCUUCGAAGGAGUUGCAAGGACCCGGAUCCUUACGUCCGGAAAACGGCAGCCAUCUGCGUGGCCAAGCUCUUCAGCAUUCGACCGGACAUGGUUGGUGAGGAAGGGUUCGUUGAGGAACUCACGACCCUGUUGAGUGACUCGAAUCCCGUCGUCGUGGCCAACGCCGUCGCAGCCCUGUCGGAGAUUUCGGAGAACUCGGGGAAAAACUACAUCAAGAACAUUCUCAACGCGAAGGAGACGAACGUGAACAAGCUUUUGGCAGCGCUCAACGAAUGCACAGAGUGGGGCCAAGUUUUCAUCCUCGACGCCCUCGCCCAGUUUGAACCGGAAACGCCCCGAGCCGCGGAGUCUGUUUUGGACAGGGUAACCGCUCGCCUGUCUCACGCCAACUCCGCAGUGGUCCUCUCUGCGAUCAAGGUCGUGAUGAAGCUACUCGACAAAGUGACGAACCCGGACGUCGUGCGCGUCGUCCAACGGAAGUUGUGCCCGCCUCUCGUCACGCUCCUCUCCGCGGAGCCUGAAAUUCAAUACGUCGCCUUGCGCAACAUCGAACUGAUUGUCGAGAAGAGGCCCAGCGUUCUGGCGAGCGAAGUGAAGAUAUUCUUCUGCAAGUACAACGACCCCGUCUACGUGAAAAUCGAGAAGCUGGACAUUCUCGUGCGUCUCGUCUCAGACAAAAACAUUGACCAGGUUUUGAACGAGUUGAAGGAGUACGCGACAGAAGUCGACGUGGAUUUUGUGAGGAAGGCAGUGCGCUGCAUUGGGCGGUGUGCCAUCAAGCUCGACUGCGCAGCAGAGAGGUGCGUGGCCGUUCUCCUCGAUCUGAUUCAAACCAAGGUCAACUACGUGGUCCAAGAGGCAAUUGUUGCCAUCAAAGACAUCUUCAGGAAAUACCCCAACCAGUACGAGUCGAUGAUUUCCACUCUCUGCGAAAACCUCGAGACGCUGGACGAACCCGCAGCGAAGGCCUCCAUGGUCUGGAUCGUCGGGGAAUACGUGGACCGCAUCGACAACGCAGAUGAGUUGCUGGAGACGUUUUUGGAGACUUUCCACGACGAGCCGUCAGUUGUGCAGCUGCAGCUGUUGACGGCGACUGUGAAACUCUUUUUGAAGAAGCCGGCGCACACGCAGGAUUUGGUGACCAAAGUCCUCAAGAUGGCAACGGAAGAAACGUACAAUCCAGAUUUGCGCGAUCGCGCCUACAUUUACUGGCGAAUGCUGGCUCGAAAUCCAGAAGCUGCUAAGAAGGUUGUUUUCGCGCCAAAACCACCCAUCAAUGUAGACGCAGAUGCCCUCGACUACAGAACGCUCGACAGACUGAUCGGAAACAUUUCCCUUCUCUCUUCGGUUUACCACAAAGCCCCCGAGACGUUUGUCGCGCGGGUGGUUCGCCCCGCAGACGCUCAGCCCAAGGAGGUUGGCGGCUCCAGCUCGGACGGUGAAUCCACAGACACUCGAGUCGAGCGGGUCAAGGAGAGCAUGAAGAAGCAGCACUACUCGAGCGACGAGAAGGAAGGCGAGAGCUCGGAUGCCAGCAGCGAGGAGUCAGAAAGCGACUCGGAGGGCCCAACCGAUCUUCUCGGUUUGAAUGAUGAAGCUGCGCCGAGGAAGAAGGGAACGAAAGAAAGCAACAACGAUCUCUUUGAUCUGUCGUUUUCGUCGGCGACUUCGGCAGGCGUCGCAAAGACGGUCGUCCUCGCCGCCGACCGUCCAGGCAACCAAGGCAGGGUGGGUUUGCAAGUCUCCGCAGCGCUCACGAGGGAUCAAGGCCAGAUCCACAUCCAUCUGUCUUUCUUGAACAAGAGUGCGAUGCCGCUCAGUGGAUGGGCCAUGCAGUUCAACCGAAACUCGUUCGGGUUGGCACCAGCAGGAAAUCUGCAAGCGGCUGACCUCCUUCCCGGACAGUCCGCAGAGGCGACGGUUCCGGUCGCGUCUGGACAACUGAAUUCGAACACGGCUCCGGAACAGCCUCUCUCUCUCCAAGUCGCUGUGAAGACGAAUCUGGACAUCUUCUGCUUCGUCGUUCCCUUCGACUUGAGCGUCGUGCUCCAGGAGAACUGUCCGACCGACAAGGAAGCCUUCCGUCAAAAAUGGCAAGCGAUCGGAGAGGCCAGGCAGAGCGCGUUGGUGGCGGCGGCUCCCAGCAACCAGAGUCCGGAAGAAGUGACGAAGCAGAUGGAGGCGGCAAACAUCAGCCUGGUCGCGCAACGCAGUGCAGACACUUUCGAUGCGCUCUACUUCGCUGCGACGACAACCAACAACCUCGGGGUGCUCGCGGAGGUAUCACUCCAGCGGAACGGCAACGCAGUAAAACUCGUCACGCGAAGCGAGGCCGCAGCCUUGAUUCCGCUUUUCAACACCACGAUUUGCACGGCUCUCCGGCUGACGCCGCGGGCAUGA